AUGUCCCCGUCCUGGUGCCACCCACCGCCCCCCGCUUCAGCCACUCCUCCCGGCCGCCAGGUGGCGCCCGCCGCGCCCGCCGGAACCAUAGAGAGCGGCGCGCGCCUCCCGCCUUCCGCGUGUGUCCGCCCACGUGACAGGGAGGGGCUCCCCAUUGGCCGCGCCGGCGGGGCCGGGCGCGCGCCCCCGCGGCUGUGUGCCCGUGCCGCGUUCGUGCAUGUCCGCGUACCUGUGUGUCCCAGAACAUGUGCAGGGGUGUGUGAACGCACCGUGCAGCGCUCAGGUGUGAUGGGGUACCGGUAUGCCGGGAGCCGUGCAGGUGUGUACACCUGGCUGCGUGUGCAGGUGUGCCUGUGCAGCAGUCACGUGUCCGUGGCCCUGUCCAUCCCCGCCAUGGAGGCCUUGUUGAGGAAGUGCCGUGUCCUGGCACUGGGCGCCCGUCAAUGCGGGAUCAGGGCCCGGCACGGUGGCACCCCGGGCAGGGCCAGGCGCCUUCUGCUCUCACAGCUCUUCCAGCCGCUGGCCCUGCCCAUGGGCGGCCAGGCAGGAGCCGAGGGCCGGCCCGGGGAGCCCACCUGCCGCAGCCAGCGGCUGAUGCUGCAGGCAGGGCUCAUCCAUCCCACCAUCCCCGGCUGCUAUUCCUACCUGCCGCCCACCGUCCGUGCCAUGGAGAAGCUGAUCAAGGUGAUGGACCAGGAGAUGCAGGCCGUGGGUGGGCAGAAGCUGAACCUGCCCAGCCUGUGCUCGGCCGAGCUGUGGCGCGCCAGCGGCCGCUGGGACCAGAUGGGGCCGGAGCUUUUCCGGCUGGUGGAUCGGCACAACCACGGCUACUGCCUGGGCCCCACGCACGAGGAGGUGGUGACAGCGCUGGUGGCCUCGCAGAGCGGCCUGUCCUACAAGCAGCUCCCGCUGCGCCUCUACCAGAUCACCAGGAAGUUCCGGGAUGAGCCCAAGCCACGCUUCGGUUUGCUGCGCAGCCGGGAGUUCUACAUGAAGGACAUGUACACCUUCGACACCUCUGAGGAGGCGGCUCGGCGCACCUACGAGCAGGUGUGUGCCGCCUACUGCAGCCUCUUCACCCGCCUGGGGCUGCGCUUUGUCAAGGUGCAGGCGGCCACGGGCAGCAUCGGCGGCACCACGUCCCACGAGUUCCAGCUCCCGGCGGACAUCGGCGAGGACAGGCUGCUGCUGUGCCCUCAGGGACAUUUUGCUGCCAACGUGGAGACGCUAAACGGGGAGCAAACCUCGUGCCCCACGUGUGGGGAGAAACUCAGUGAGACCAAAGGGAUUGAGGUAGGGCACACGUUUUACCUGGGCACCAAGUACUCCUCUGUCGCCAACGCCCAGCUGGCAGAAAUGGGCUGCUACGGCCUGGGUGUCACUCGCAUCCUGGCGGCCUCCAUCGAGGUGCUCUCCACUGAGGACAGCAUCCCAUGGCGGAGCCCGAGCAGCAGGACGGCAUGGCCGGAGCGCCGGAGCCGCCGCGGUACCGGGGAGCGCUGA